AUCGAACAGACCAUUACAAGGUCAUAAUCAUAACCAAGGAGAUCUCCUUGGUAUAUUUUUUUGUCAAAAGCCCUUUACUAGCAGCCUUUUCGUCCGGUCAGAAUUUUUCGUCCGGUCCGAAUCUGUGGACGAUGUGCUGUCCUGGUGCACUACCUUUAUUUCGACAGUGACCUCCAUUUUUCCAUUAUGAUUAGACUUGCAUUUUAAAAGGAACUGGUGGUUGUAUAGAGGGCCUGCAAAGGGGAUGCUAUAUACGCUAUUGAAUUGCGUACAUCCACACGGUGGAAAUUCAGUGAAAGGAUGUGCACGAAACACGUUAUAACGACACUAUGCACAAGGAAAUGAUUACAUGUACUUGAAUGUAAAAUAUGGAGGUUCGCGCGUGUUGGAUAUCCCAAGUUGCCUGUUUAGUUUUGUGUAUCAUGUGUAUGGAGUCAUAUGCGGUUGACAGCUCGAUUCGCUUGCAUGCGGGAUUUUCAGAGAAUGAAGGAUUCGUUCUAGUCAACUUGACAGGUGUAUGGCAAGCCAUCUGUAAAUACGAUCUGGACCCAUUUAAUGUCUUAGUAGCCUGUCGACAAUUGGGAUUUACUGAAGGGUAUGCCCUGAAAUGGGAAGACAGCGAUUAUCAGUACCCCAGCUCAUGGCGCCCUCAAAACGAGUCAAAAGAACGCUUCCCAAUAAGGAGGACCAAGUUUAUAUGUAAUGGGAGCGAACCAUCACUGUCAUCCUGCCAAGUAUCUGACAAAUCUGAUGAUUACUGCUCAAUAUACGGAGGGGUUGCGUGCAGUAGAUAUAUCUGCUGCCGAAUUAACAACGUUACUCGACAGCGUGAGGUAUAGUUACGCUUCGCUUACAUACGAUAUCUCCAAUGGUAUUGCAGAAGGGCUAGUGCUUGUCACAGAGAUCUUCAAAUAUGGCGACCAUGACCAUAAAAUGUUAGUUGGAGGAAUAUGUAAUUUGGACGACCGAGCAGCAAUGUUAGUAUGUAAUAGGUGUGGAUAUCCUAAUGGUGGCAAGCCAGCCGCGUUCCCAUCUCCAGAGAGGACGAUGCCCAUGGUAUUGAAUGAACUUGAUUGUGUUCAUUCAGAUACGCUGUCUAGUUGCAGAAAGGUAUUUUCAUUGGAAGGAAACUGCAGCCAAGCGGGGGUCAUGAAUAACGGCGUCCAGUGUUAUACAUCAUUAAGGCCAUCUGUUAUUGGAGCGUUAUCGUUUGUCGCUCAGGCAUCUAUCAUAAUUGUAGUUGCCGGUAUAUGUGGAAUAUGCUGGGUUCAGCGACACGACAAGAAUCCUCCUGCUGACAGGAGACAAAUCUAUCUCACAGUCAGUGGAAACGAGGUCUAUCCACCUGGCCAAGCAACCUAUCAACCAUCUAGCUGAUUCUAACUGAAUCUGAUGAGAAGAUAAUGUACCUAAUUUGGUAUACUACUAACUCUUCACUUUAUUAGUGCUAUGGAUAUACAACAUACAGUUACUAUUGUACAGAGGAAUCUGAGCUAGUUUUGUGUGAAACCCUCAUAUUGAUCAAGGUUUCAAUCAGAGUCUGAGCCAGACCUGUAGACUAAUAUGCACCGUCUGGUUACCCAACAUCAGUCACUCUCGCGUCAUCAACUCAUCUCAAAACGGUCUCCGAUAAGUUUAUCGCCUCGCAAAUCUUCGGCCCAUUAUAAUAAUUAUUAUCAUUUUUUUUCUCGUGACGCAUGAAACGUAUAAAAAGAUAUCCUGUUUAAAAAAUACACGCAAAAUAUCUCACACAGUGAUGUAUAAUUUCAAGAGUUAUAAAAUUAUUUGGUAAGGGAAAGUUA